UGUGUGAGGCGGCUCAGGGGCAGGGCAAGGGGGCUACACCCAGGAGGGCACAUCACUGGGACCAUGAAAUAGGGAGCCGCGCUGAGACCUGCUGCUGGGGACACGGUGACGGACCCCCAGAAUGGCUCAGUGGCUCCUCACAUGCAUGCAGAACACGCAGACCCUUGUGCAACGUGAUGUGUUUGGACGAGCAAUACAUGCCAUAGCACGAAUUAGUGAUGAGUUUUGGUUUGACCCAAAUGAAAAAGGUCUUGCUCUAAGAUCAGUGAAUUCUUCUAGGUCAGCGUAUGCAUGUGUCUUCUUUUCAUCUAUGUUUUUUCAACAUUACUGCUGGACAGCUGAACCUGAACUGUGUCAGAAAAAAAGACAGUUACCCCUUACGUGUAAAUUAGUAAUGAAGUCAGUCCUCCCUGUGUUUAGAUGGCUAAACACACUAGAAAGGAAUGUAGAGAAGUGCAACAUUUAUACAAAUGGUAAUGAUUGUCGUAUAACUUUUAAGCUCUUCUGCAAACAUGGUAUUGUAAAAACUUAUAACCUGGCUUUUCAUGAAAGUGAACCUUUACAAGCUGUUUUUUCAAGGCAUAUGUGUCCUAAUGUACUGAAGAUCCAGUCGAGGCUGCUGACUGAUAUAAUGAUUCAUUUUCCAACUUGUCAAGAGGAAGUAACUGUAGCUGUUACACCAAUGAAAGUUUGUUUCAAGAGUUAUACUGAGGAAGAAAUUGAUUUUUCAAAGGCAAUGCACACUAAAAUACAUCUUAAUCCAGAUGAAUUUGACUACUUUCAAAUUGGAGUAGACUCUGAAGUAACAUUUUGCCUUAAAGAACUGAGGGGUCUACUAGCAUUUGCAGAGGCUACUAGCGCUACUGUCUCAAUUCAUUUUGAUGUGUCUGGAAAACCAAUUGCUUUCAGUAUUGAGGACAUGAUGGUAGAAGCCAGCUUUGUUUUGGCUACAUUAGCUGACAUUGAAAAUAGGGAAUCCUCUCAGCAAUCUCUAUGCCUUUCGCAAAGACAGAAAAGGCCUACCUUGAUGAAGGCCCAUGCAGAUAAUGUUGAAAAUGUCUCAAACAACUCUGCAGAUAAUAAUAGUAAUACAGAAACAAUAGCUUCAAAAAAGCCUUGUUGGACUGAAAGAGCACAUAUCAACACAAAGUUACCUGUAGAGUGUAGGAAACCUCUAUCAAAAGAAGAUGAUGUUAUUCCCAUAAUCUCAAAAAAAGACAUGAACAACAUAGAAGUAUUGGACAUGAGUGCAGCAGGUGACAUUAAAAUUGUGGAGAAAGUAGUACCCACAUAUUCUGAUCAGUACAAGAGAACCCUCACAGGAACACACACAUGCCAGCAAACACCUGCCCACAGAGCCUUUUCAGUGUCUACUUUAAGGCAGUGGAAGGCUCCAUGAUUAUCACUACCUGUUAAAGUUGUGUCUGUGAAGAAGAUGCAGCAGUAAAAUCCAGGGCCUCAGCAGAUGUCUUCCAAAAAAUGGCAGAUGUGCUUGCUUAUAGUAUUAGCUGCUUCUCUCCCCCUGUUGAGGAGGAGUGGCUUGUCAGUUAUUUCUUCUCCCAUCUGACCCUUUCCUUUCUACCCUUCUGAAAAGGUUUAGCAGUAGCUACUUCCAACCUGUUUCCAGAGGGUUGGGAAGACCAGGUCUGGCAAUAGCUUCUUCAUUUCCAUCUACCAUAUAUAAAGUGUAUACAUAGGAGUGCUGUAUAUUCAAAAACUGUGUCCUAUGCAUACCAUAGCUGCAGAUAAGCAUAAUCUCCGCUGUUUCAUUUAUGUAGUAAUAUUUUAAAUAUUUAGGAUUUAAAUAUUUACAUCUUUCCCCUGUUAAAUUCAGACCUCUGAGGCAGCAUUAUGUAUAGGUCCAACUGUUUUCCCAUAUCUAGACUUUCAAAUUUGCUUUAAAUACAGAAUUACAGUGAUUGCAAUUAAAUCAGUUGGCAAAUUACCAUACACUUGUACACCUCUAAUGACAGCUGGAAAUACUUGUAGAUGCCAAAGGUGUUUGUUAGUCUACACUGGUUACUUUUUAAUUAUUAAAUAAUGUGCUUGCCAAAAAGACUUAAUCAGCAGAAAAAAAUCCCAGGAAUAUUUUGUAUGUACAAAAACUCACUUUAUUAAAUA